AUGCCCUCCACGCUCACUCUCCUCUCGGUAUUCCUGCUCGGAACACUCUCCACCACUUACUUCAACCCGUUCAACUACCUCUCGCAGGAUCUACAAGAUCUACAACCCUCCCUGCAAAACAUAACCAUCCACGACUUCCACGCCGGCACCGGAGACCACAGAAAGAUAAAGAUCAACCUGAGACCGGCCUCCCCCUACUCCAUCCCGCAUGAAAACUUCACGCAAUGGUGUCACGCCCAGGCAUCCAUCGCCCUGGACAAAAUACUGCAAAACAUCGCAAACGACAACAUUAACGAUCUAUCGCAACGCUAUAACGUGUCACAGGGCGCCGUCAUCGCGUCGCCCUCGCGCUCUAAGCCAAAUUAUUUCUAUCAAUGGACCAGGGAUGCCGCGUUGGUCAUGAACCCAUUGAUACUCAACUUGUUCUCGAGCGAUGAGAAGGUUAAUGGCACCAUCGCGUCCACUCUCUUGAAAUACUUGAAUAAUUCGUACGCUUUGCAACAAUUGGAUAAUCCUUCAGGGAACGGCACCAAGUAUCAGGAUUUGAAAGGGUUGGGCGAACCCAAAUGGGAAGUCAAUAGUACCCCGUUUAUGGAACAUUGGGGCAGACCACAGAAUGAUGGACCUGCGUUAAGAGCAUUGACCAGUUUCCAUUUAUUGAAACAAUUGCGUCAACAUAAUAUGACGUUCGAGGAUUUGUUAAACCAGAUUGAAGACGGGCAAUUGCCCUUCCAAAACGAACAAGAACUGUUUGAUAAAUUUAUUUAUUACGAUUUGAAAUUUGUCAUGUUGUAUUGGAAACAAGACGGGUUUGACCUUUGGGAAGAGGUUAAUGGUAUCCAUUUCUUUACCGCUUUGGUUCAAUUGAAGGCAUUAGAUGAAGCUUUGUACUUCUUGUCCUUGCACACGGAAACAACAGUGGAACAACCCAGUUUAGUUCAAUCAUUACAAAGGACAUUCGAUGAUUUGUUACAAUUUAUGCUCACUCAGGGGAACUUUAUAGACCCAAAUAAAAAUCAUAUAGUGGAAACUCCAAAUUUCCAUGAAAGAUCAGGAUUAGAUAUCGCAGUUAUACUUGCAUCCCUGUAUUCUCAUAAUACAGACAAUAAUUCCACACUGCCCUUCGAUGUCACAGAUUCAGGUGUAUUGAACACUUUGUAUGGAUUAAUGAGAUCCAUGGGCAUGAUUUAUCCGAUUAACCACCAAAGAGCAAAUUUGAAAAUUGGUGUUGCCCUAGGACGCUACCCAGAAGAUAUUUAUGAUGGAAUUGGUCUCUCAGAGGGUAAUCCAUGGUUCUUGGCCACCUCAUCUGCAGCUGAAUUAUUAUAUAAAUUAAUUUGGAAUUUACAAUCAAAUCGUAAAGAUUUAAUUAUACCAUUGAAUGAUUUUAAUUCACAAUUUUGGACAAUCGUAUUCGAUGGUAUAGCACAUGAAGAAUUACAAUUACAUCAAUCACACCCACAUGAUGACAUUCAACUAAUUUUACCCUAUGAUUCACCCGCCUUUAAACAAACUUUAAAACUAAUCUUUGACCUCGGUGAAUCAUUCUUGGAUAAAUUAAGAGAACAUGUAAGCAAGACCGGUGACAUGAGUGAACAAUUUAAUAAAUACACAGGGUUCUUACAAGGUGCAACACAUUUAACUUGGUCAUAUAGUUCAUUUUGGAAUUGUUACCAUUUAAGAAAUAAAUUAAUCGAAUUGAUGAAAUAUUAA